AUUGCCCUGCAGUUGGUGGAGAUGCAUGCGAGAACAUUCACAUAAAACCACGCAUCGUGCCCACUACACUUUCGCUUCACUGAGGACCAAAUGCACGCAUUGAAACACGCUCUUUUCUCGAAAGGAGAGUUUUAACUCAUCGAGGCCUUAAACCGGAAUUUAAAAUACGCAGAGCGAGGAAAAAAAAAGAAAAACAAUUUCCUCGGAGGAGUCCUGACUCUUCCUCCCUUCUCCAAGGUGAUGCCCUCCGAUUUUAUCUCCCUCCUCAGCGGGGAUUUGGAUCUUAAUUCGCCGAAGAGUUCGUAUUCCAAAGAAUCUGUCUAUGACCUACUGCCAAAAGAGCUGCAACUUUCAUCAAGUGAGACAAAAAUUGCAUCAAUGAGUCAGAAAAGUGGUGGUGAUGAGGCAACUUCUCCCCCUUCUGCUGCAGUUGCUCCUGAUGUCUCCUCCUGCGGUGGUCAAAGCAACACCUUCACCCCAUCUUCCAAACCUAGCAUGCAUUCUACCUCAGUAACUGACAACACAUCUAUGCAAGUAGAUAGCUGCACUCCAGAACAGGGGGUAAGUGCCCAUGGGGUAAGUGAAUUACUGAGCUAUGAAAAUCAGUUAAGUAAUGCCUCACAGCUACAGUCCACGCCCAAAAGGAGAACAGUCCUCAACAUCUCUCCACCACCUGAAGACUUGCUGGAUGACAGCAGGAUGUCUUGUCAGGAUGAUGCAGGUGACUCGGAACAGAGCAGUAGUAUAUGGAUGGAUGACUCGGGCUCUAACUUCAGCAUCAUGAGUUCUAGUUCCUAUAAUGACAACACAACAGUACCGCGGAAAUCACGAAAACGUUCACCGAAACAACGACCUGGAUUUGUGCGUGUUGCUGAUGAAGAGUCAAAUAUGGAUGUGUUUGAUGCAGACAGUGCAAAAGGACCCCAUUAUGUACUUUCUCAACUCGUCUCAGAAGGCAAAAACAGCUCGAAGGGAAGCAAUGGAACAACAGAACCUCAAAAAUCUUCUUUAAAGAAAGGCCCAACACUAACUGCUCACUAUCCUGGUAAAAGUGAAGGUAAAGAACUGAAAGUACUAGUACAACCUGAGACACAACACAGAGCACGGUACUUGACAGAAGGUAGCCGUGGCUCUGUGAAAGAUCGGACCCAGCAAGGCUUUCCAACAGUGAAGUUGGAAGGUUACAAUCAACCAGCAAUCUUACAAAUUUUUGUCGGAAAUGAUUCUGGCCGUGUCAAACCUCAUGGUUUUUACCAAGCAUGCAGAGUCACCGGGCGAAAUACUACUCCUUGCAAGGAGGUGGACAUUGAUGGAACAACUGUGAUUGAGGUCAACUUGGAUCCUGGAAGUAAUAUGACGUUAGCUGUUGACUGUGUUGGAAUUCUAAAGCUAAGGAAUGCUGAUGUUGAAGCACGUAUUGGUGUUGCAGGAUCCAAAAAGAAAAGCACUCGUGCACGGUUGGUAUUUCGAGUAAAUAUUGUUCGUGCUGAUGGGUCUACUUUAACACUGCAGACGCCUUCAUCAUCCAUCCUCUGCACCCAACCAGCUGGAGCACCUGAGAUAUUGAAAAAAAGCCUUAAUACUUGCACAGUGAAAGGAGGUGAAGAUUUAUUUCUGAUUGGAAAAAACUUUUUGAAAGGCACGAAGGUUAUUUUUCAGGAAAAUAAUUCCGAUGAGAAUAAUUCCUGGAAAGCAGAGGCUGAAAUAGACAUGGAACUAUUUCAUCAGAAUCACCUUAUUGUGAAAGUUCCUCCUUACCACAAUCAGCUUAUAACUGUGCCAGUUUCAGUUGGCAUAUAUGUUGUAACCAAUGCUGGAAGAUCACAUGAAGUACAGCCUUUCACCUUCACUCCAGAUCCAGCAAACUCAUCAGAUAUCAUUGUGAAGAAAGAAAUUCCUGUACAACCAUGUUGCAUUGACGAAGCAAUGAAAGCUGCAGCAGUGAAAGUCACAGGCUGUAAUCCAGAUGAACAAAAUCUUCCCAAAGCCUUGCUGCCACCCCUUCUGCCAUCUGUUGUGGUAAAGAAUGAGGAAGCCAUUUCAAUGGAUGUGGUAUCGAAUCAGACACCAUCUGCAGUCUUUAAAAAUCAAGAGAUGGGAGCUGGACAGCAAUCUUUGGAAAUCUCAUCAAGCAUUACAACUGGGCCUUCAUUCUCUGGAUCUGCCUCCAGGCAAGGAGGAGACGGUGAUCAGCACCAGCAAAUUCAGUCAAGUGUGUUUUCAAGCACAGAUGCCUUAUCUGCUGUACGGAAGCAAGACAUUUCUCAGCCAUGCCCAUUUCAGGCAUCAGAAUGUACCACCCAGGUCCAGAAUAACGAAGGUUUGCUGCAGCAACCAGCACAGUUUCACAAUGCUGGCAUGUUGUUAGAUUCAAGAGAGGUACAGCCAAGAGAAAUGUUACCAUUAGAUGUAUCCAAGAUUUCCUUAUCCCAGAUGCCUGAAUCAGCUCUGCAGCAGCAACAAACACAGCAGAAGCAGCAACAGCAAUCACAGGCCCAGGCACUACAGGAACAUUCAGCCAAUAUCUUCCAACAGAGCAGCAAUGCAUCACAGUUGCAAAGUGCUUUGCAGUCCUUGCAGCCGGGAAACUUCCAGGCAAAUUCUGAAAAUGGCAGAAGUGGCAACGUAAGUCUUGUUCAACAGAGUUUGGAGGCUUCUCAGCAGCAACUGGCCUCUGUUUUAUUUACUGGAUCCAGCCCAUCUGAGUCAAUACAGCAACCUGUGGAACAGGUGCAAAAGCAAAUAAAUGCAGGGAUGUUCCGCCAAGUAAAUACUAUGCAGAGCAACCUCCCUCAAGAUCUGUUCUCAAAUUCAGAUAAUGGAUCCCUUCCUAGAUCUGACAGUGUUCUUUCUGGACCUGAGAAUUCAUUGUCAACUCAGCAGGUGCUGGAGUCCUCUACGAGCAUGAUGUUGGGAAUGCAACAGAAUAUUUGUCAAGGACCAGGGCAACUGCAGUCAGAGUUGUAUCAAUCCCCUUUAAAUGGAAACCUCCAACAAUCUGAUAUUUUUCAGCAAACUACUCAUGUUAUGUCCAGUUUGCAAUCAAGUGAUGGAAAUCAGCAUCAGAUGUCACACAGUGCUUUGUUUUCAGCCUCUACAACAGUAGAAGGGAAUGAAAACACAGGAAAUCCACAACAACAAACGUCUUCACCAAAUGUCUUUCAGUGCUCUAAUUCUAUGGUUGCUGUGGAAGACACCUCAGUGCAGACAAACCAGAGGCAAACUGAUAUGUUUGAAUCAAUUGUACAGAUGCAGCAAACUGGAGAAAAUCAGCCCCAAGUAACUUUAUUUUCAAAUUCAGAUGGGUUGAUGCAUGUGAAAACUGGUGGCUCCUCACAACCAACUGGGAUAUUUCAGCAAAGUGGAGAAAUGAUGUCUACCCAAACUGGAAACUUUCUGCAACAAUCUCAUCCAUCGUCAGAACUAUUCCAUCCACAAAACUCUCUCAGUCAAGUUCAAAGUGCAUCCCAUUCACAGACUGGGCUCUUUCACUGCCCAAACAAUGUCUUGCAACAUCAGAACACUGCUGCUUCCCAAGAUCAAGUGCAGUCAGCAAUAUUUCAUUCUCAAGGCUCGUUGGCAGUUCUCCAAGGCUCAUCAAUUGCCCAAGAUCAGCAACAAGGCACUCUUUUUCUUUCUCCAAACUCUUUGCCUUCACUUCAAAGUAAUAGUAUUUCACAGGAAAAGCAACAGGUCAGCUUUUAUUCACCACAGAGUACAAUUCCAACACUCCAGAGUUCAAACAAUCCUGAGCAACAAUCUGUGAAUGUCUUUCAGACCCCGACACAAAUAUCUCAGAUUCAGAAUACGAUGAUUUCUCAAGAACAGCAGCAACAACAGCAACAGAACCUUUUUCAACAUCAAGUGACCUUAUCCUCUUCUCAAACUAAUACUUCUCCACAAAAUCAGCAAGCAUCUAUCUUUCAGACCCAACAUUCAAUAGCUGCACUUCACAACAGCAAUUCACCUCAAGACCAACCUCAGAAUGUUCUUUUUAAUUCUCAGAAUUCAAUAAAUAACAGUAUAACUUCCCAGGAACAGCAACAACAGAACAUCCUUUUCAACUCUCAGAAUUCUAUACCUGCAAUGAAUACAAAUCUGGCUUCUCAAGAGCAGCAAAACCAAACCCUUUUUCAUACUCAGCCUAAUAUGGUGUCAGUUAAUCAAGACCAGCAAUCAUCCAUACAAUUCCAAAAUCAGACUGCUUCACUUCAAAAUAGUGGGACGUCUCAGGGGGAUCAAAAACAGUCAUCAGUUUUUCAUGGUCAACCUCAAAUGCAGCUUGUUCAAAAUUCAGGGGGCACUCAAAAUCAGCAGGCGACAUUGUUUAUUUCUCAAACUUCAAUGUCUGCAUUACAGAAUAACAUGAAUCAACAAGAGAUACAGCAGUCUAAUGUGUUUAAUCCUCAAAAUAAUGUAUCUGUCCUUCAAAACAACACACCUGGAUCAGGCCAGCAACAAAAUACACUUUUUCACCCCCAUGGGACCAUGAAUCAACUACAGAAUUCACCUACAUCAGCACAACAACCCACUGGUUUAUAUUUGUUUGGAAUUCAAAGUGAUUGCAGACAAUUGAUGAGCAUAACAAAUGUGUCUCAGCAAUGCCCAAGUGGACCGCCUAUGUCUGAUCAACUGCUUGUGAUAAACCAGUCAGGGCAAGCACAGAAUGAAGGACAAGCCGUUUCUCCACUUCUCUCACAGCAAAUGACUGAUUCAAGGCAACUAUCAUCAACCAUUCCUACUGAACAGAACAUGGAAAAAAUCGAUGACAUCCUUGUCUCAUUACAGAACCAGGGAAGAAGCAUCAACAGCUCUUUUAAUCCAUAGGUAUUCAUAUGGUACAUAUUCAAGAAGUUGUGAAGAAUCGUCAAACUUGUGUGAAACUAGAAUGCUGUCAUAUGAAGGGAAGAUAGAAUUAUGUGACUGUACCAUGAAGGGAAAGUUAUUGAUAUUCCUUGUAUCCAUUUCAGCUUUUAAACUUGUCCUUGACCUAUAUUUUAAACCAUGAAGCUUAAAUUCUUUAUUCAUUGCACUUUGAGUGCAUUAAUCCAGAUUUUUAAUGAUGUUUUCUUGUUUGCAUUCCACUGUGGAAGGUGCAUCUGACAGAGUGCAUGUCUACAAUUAGCCAGCUCCCUCUUAAAUUUAAACAUUUUGACUUUAUUACAAAGGCUUUUAAGCUGAUUAACACUCAGCAAAAAAUAAAGAUUACUAACAAUAUAUUAGGAAAGCUUGUUUAAACAGAGCACUUAUCAGCUAUUUGUGCUAAACGGGCAUAUAUAGUGGCAGUUGUGUGCUGUACAGCUUCUGAAAUUCAAAUUCAUUAAAUUUCAGAAUCGUACAAUGUGCCAUCAUUUCAAUGUAUGUGUGUUUAGAAGUUAAUGGAUUAGUUUCUAUCCCAUCGUCUUUUUAUCAUCAUUAUCUCAAUCAUUAUGCAAUGUGUCAUCACGACACAUGACCAAGAUUCAGUGUUGAUCAGGAGCCACAAAAGUCUACUUGCAUAAGUAGAAUCUAUAGUGUAGCAUAAUGAAGACAGUCUGCAACCAGACAGAUGAAUUUUAAAUAUGUAUCUAUCCUGGAAAAUGUUUCAGUUAUAAUGACAGCAAACAGUGGACAUAACAAAAAGGAUUUGGAAAAGGUUUAUAAUCUCCCUAUUCUUCCUCAAAUAGCUACAGAAAUCAUUUCUAUUUAUUUAGCUAAAUAUAUGGUGAGCUUUGUAUUGGAUCCUGUCUUGACAUUGGCAUUUUGUGUUUUUCCCCAUAAUAAGAGUAAAGCAUUACUCAUAAACCUAGUAAGAAACUUCAAUUACAAAUUAAAUGAAUGGAGCUCACUGACUCCAUGAAAAAUAACUGGCAAAUAAUAGAAUACAAUGGAUUUCAGUUAAUUGGGGAAGCCGCUUGUUUGGGACAACUCGUAAGGAACAUUAUCUUAAUUGAGAAAAUAGCUGGGAUUCCCUUCAUUUAUUUGGGACACUGUGUUGCUUAAUUGGGACAGGAGGCUUGCUGAACAGUUUUUAAUUAGCAUUUGUGCACUUAUAAGGCCAUUAGACAGUGCACCAUGCUUAGAACUAACAGCUUUUAAAUUGCAUCGGUUACCUGCACUUGUGUUCAAAAAGCAGUGAUUUUUGUCACUGAUACUUGGCAAGAAAUAAGCUAUAAGACAGUUCAGAACAGUUUUGCUGACUGUAGUUUCAAGGCUUAGAGUUGCCAGAAACAGCUGGGAGUGAAAAUGGAACAUUUACGCUACUUCAACAAGGAACUAUGAAGAAUUUGAAGAUAUCAACAAUCUUGAAUGCUACCAUAAAAAUGAAGAUUUGGAGGAUCCAAUAGUCAAAAACAUAGUAUGAAGACAGGCCAUUAUCUGCACUCAGUGUCUGCACUGAUUUUGUUCAUUUGCAGUCAGUUGAAAGAACACAGCAGACUACUCUGGAUGAAUUCCUCCAUUAAUAAAUAUUGGGAAUUAAUACACCAUUUUGUAGUAUUGGUGGUGUUCUAACUUGUAUUUUAUUUAAAUUCAUAAUUUGUUUUCAGUUAAAUGGUAGUUUGAAUUUAUUAUACAUUGUUAACUGUUUCCAUGAAACUUCAGCUAAGUGGGGCAGCUGCUUAAUUAGGCCAAAAUGUACCGGUCCUGAUGCGUCCAUUGUAGAAACGUUGCCUUACUGUUAGCAGGAAGUCUCUUAAUUGAUAUAAUAGGUGACAUAUCCUGUUCUGGUGUUAUAAAAGUGUCAUUGAUACUGAUUUCUGGAUCAUUAUUUUUGAUCCAACUGAAAUUAAUUAUGACUCUUCCUUGUUAUUUUCAACCCUGUUCUCACAUAGUCAGCUCUGCUUAUUGCGUGUACAUGGUGUACAUGCUAGAUUGUAAAGGGAAAGAAGUCUAAUCUCUAGUUUUCCUUUGCUGUUAAUUUUAAACCUGAAAUCUCUGGUUUUGUAUUCAUUGCCUGCAACUUUGUUUCACACAGAGGUAAAUGUUGUCUUCCUGACAGUCUUGUAAAUGCAAUCAAAGAAGUGACCUUUCUACCCAUUAACAGAGGACGGUCUAUCAGGCAGCAAUUAAGUAAUCAAUUUGCUCGGUUGGAUACGUCUCUAUCUUGAUUAGAAAACUACCAGUAAAUUCCCUUUCUGUUUGCUAGUUAAUUUGAAUUUUAAGACCAUCUGUCCACAAAUUCUGUUGUUGAAGAAGCAGGAGGCACAGUUUUAAACUUUUGACUUCAGAACUCUAUAGAUGCUGAUUGAACUAUGUUCACAUAAGAUAAAUGUUAAAAUACUACGAAUCAUCGCUCCUCACGUAGACAGGAUCAUAAAGAUCUACUACUUUGAUCUUCUGUUCAGAAAGUACAUACAUUGAUGGUAAUAUCUGUAUGUACCACUUGUGAGGAUUGCCAUCUUUCCUAAUCUGGGAUCAUUAAGUUGAAUAUAUGUCGGUCCUGCCCAGCAAUUACAGGUGGUAUGAUACGGAACUUCUGACUUACAUUGAGUGUCCAUGAUUGAUAUUGAGGAAUAGGAUGAAUACUUUGUGUUCAUACCAGUGACAGCCCGAGAUAAACCCAUCACAUACAUAAAUUGAACUAUCAGAAGGUCUAACAGUGAGACCUGUAUAUUCUCCAAAUAUUGAGCAGUGUGACCUACAUUAAUGAAUGCAGUGAUUUAUGGAAUGAUCUCUUCAAGAAACACUCAAGCAUGUCAAGAUGCUUAAAGACACAGACUCUUUAUUUAGGAACUCUUAAUCAGAUGUGAUUGGUGCUGCCUUUUUCAACUUCUUAAAGCAUCAUUCUCCACAAUUUUUAGAAAAAUUGUGACCAAAUGCCUAUUCUAAUCAGAGGACUGUGUGCUUGUUUCAUACAUGACCCGAAUAUAAUAAUCUAAUCAAUAUCUUAGAAACAAAACCAUAAGACCCUUUGGCAUUCCCAGUAUUUUGAUAUUCCUGUGAAGUUGUACUACUGAUAGAGUUGUAAUUUUAUCUAGUUACAUAAAUGAGUAUUUUAAUCAAACUUGCAAAAUUUUCUUUUGCGUGUGAUGAGCAGUAUGUGGUUCCUGAUUUUUAGUAGUAGUGAGAACGUCAAUUUGUACAGGAAAAUAACUGUGAAUCUGUAUAUAUGAAUGAUUCAUAAUCUGAAUCUAAGCAGCACCUGCAGUGAGGAAACUUAAAUUGUAAUGUACCUACAGUAUGCUUCCCUAUUGUUAUCUAGAAAGCUGAUUGACUUUGAAACACGAUGGACAGGUGAAUGGGAAUAUUUUUCUUUCCUAAAUCCAAUAUUUGAACUUUGAUGUUGUGGUAUAGUGACAUUUUUGCAUUUUCUGUUAGAAAUGCAAAUGAAAAUUUGAUUUAGAUACAGUAUUAAAUGUUUUAAUGUUGAUGUAAACCAAAGUUUGGAUGUAUUGAAUAGCUUUAUACUUUUUCUAGUUAUAAGUAAACAUUUAAUAGCUUUAUAAGUAUUGUGCAGACCUAAUGUAAAUAUUACACUUUUUGAUACAGAUAAAUAUUGGUUUAACAUCAUGUCACCAGUCAGUAUUAAGGUGCAGGUUCCCUUGAUAAAAGGUAUCAUUAUUAGAUAUCUUGGAAGAAGUGAGGGGGAAAAUCCCAUUGAAGACACCUGUCCAUUAAAUAUAACCCAUCACCAUUAUAAAAGAUUUUUCUUUAGAGUUGAACUACUAUUUCGCAGAUUCCUAACACUAAGAAAUGAUUGGUAUCCUCCUAGAUCUAAUGAUUAAACUUCUUUAGAGAAAGUGGAUAUGAUGCACAUUGUAUGCAAAACAAAAAAGACAAACAUAUCAAUAUGAAACUGAAAUGGAUAUUUAACAAUACUUUCAUAGGUCUAUAUAUUAACCAAAAUAUGACCUGGCUUUUCAUUUUUGCUGCACUCUGUUAACACUUCCACUGGGAUGAGCUGGAUAAUGUAAGUGAAACAGCUAACUUUCCUUUGGAAAGAUGAGCUUUUGGUUGAAAUCAAAGUAAACAUGCUCUAAUAAUGGAAUUUCCAGCACUUUAUUCAGCUAAUAUUGUGACCAUUGAUUCCCUUUAAUAUGUCAGUGAUUUUUUUCCCUCUGUCAACUGUCCACAGUACUACUUUUAAGUAUUUAUGUUUAUGAAAAGUCAUUCAAUUGUAUAUUUCUUUUCUGUUUACUGUAAAUAUUUAAACUAUUUUCUUACUGUGCACAUUUUGAGCCAUGCAAAAACUUUAAGCAGCUACUUCUCUUCCUUAAGAGGCACUGAAGAUGUUUUUGGUGGUACGGUCUUUUCUUGUUAUGAAGGGAGCUUCAGCUGCCUGACCAGCUUUUAGGUCAGUAAUUUUAAAUACAGAGUUUCUAUUCAAAUUUGGAUGGUUUAUAUCUAAUGUAUGUUUCAUUUUUGGAAAGCAGCAUUUUUUAUAUGUAUGUGUGUAUGUAUAUAAAAUAUAUACAUGCAUAUAUACAUUCACACAGAUAUAUAUGAAAUGGCAUAAUAUUUUGUUAUUUGUACUAAGUGAGUACAAUCAAAUUAUAAACUUUACCACAUAUUUCUGUGGUGGCUGAGAGACUUUGUCAAAAUGAGUUUGGAUUGGCACUUUUGCUACUACUGUUUUUGAAUGAUUUUAAAUGUUUUAAAUGGUAAUCAAAUAUUUAUGGGACAUAGUGUAAACUAGUAGGGCUAAAUAUCUUUUUAAAUACCUUUGCAUGAGAAUUAAUAUAACCAGAAAAUGGUGAAUAGAAAUAUAGGAAUAUUUUUCAGAUUUCAGCACACCAGUGUUCAUUUUAUCAUGAAGCAGAGCUGAAACCUAAACAUGCAUUUAAAAAAAAUCUAAAUGACAUAUUUUGAGUUCACUAUUUACUUUGAUUCUGUUAUUGGUCUUGUACUACUUUGUUUCCAUUACUGCUAGUGCACAUAGUAGCAGUCUAAAUAAAAGAACGUGAAUUUAUAUUGCUGAACAAAAUCCUGAAUUUGUUGUGUAUUUCAGCACACAAUACAAUUAGACCUCUCAUUGAUUCCUUGUAAUCUGUCUCUUUGAUUUGCAAUAACCAAUCCAGUUAAUACUUAUUAUUUCACGUUCCUAGAAACAAUUGCAUGUCUUUGUUUUACACACUGUAGUGUUGCUGACGUUGCAUAUCAAACUGGUUUGUUUCUUUAUUUAAGAUUUAACCCAAUUUUGUGAGCUAAUUAUGUUAUCAUUGUUCCAGAGGACUUUUUUGUGGCACCAUGUUUCUGAAAAUCUCUUCCAAUGUGAAGUUUAAGUGUGCCCACCCUCAGCCCCCCUCAAUGACAAUCCCCAUAUGGCCGUGACCACCAGCCCUCUCUCUUCUCUCAACUCCCCUUUUCUGGUUCCACAGGUCUUAAGCCUUGGAUGCCACUGAAAUCUGCAGUAGCUGGCUCUUGCCUGCAUGGUUAUUAAUACCAUGCAUCUCUUGACUUUUUGUUUUUCCUUGGAUUUUUCAAAAACAUAAUUUAGUUGAGCCAGCUUUAUUUCAGAAUUUAGUUCUGUCACUUGUAUAUUGUUUGAUCACUUAAAAAUUCUGAUAUAAGAUUUGAGUUUGCAUUUCCAGGCUCUCAUUUUUGCUAAUAAAAGGCACAAUUAUCAGACUAAUGGAACAGAUUAUAAUUCAACUAAACGCUUCUGUUUUUAUGAACUUUUAAUUAAAAUCUAGUGGAUAGAAAAGAUGGGAUGCAAAUAACAACAUUUAUCAAUCAACCUGUAAAAUUAUAACUACUGUUUUUACGUUUUUCCUCAUUUUCAUUUAUCCUAUUGGUACUACUCUGUUGAGAUGACCUAAACAAAAUGUGCAAAUAUUCUGCAGGUUUUAUAUAAAUAAUUUUGAGAGAAUGAGGGUCACUCAUAUUUCUAUACAAUAACUAGUAGGACAUUUGUAAGUAUUUAAUCUUGUAUUCAAACUGAAAUUGAUUAAAUUUAUUAAUCAAUAAAUUUAUUAAUUAAAUUGAUAAAUUAAUUAUCAAUACAAAUUGAUAGUUCAUUUGUACUAAAUGAACAGUAUUUAGUACCAGGACUGAUGGGCAUGUCAUGUGACAAAUGAGGAGCAUUAAAAUAGCUUCCUUGCUUGUUAUAUUUCUAAUUUGAAUUUAAAGUUUUACUGAGACUUUAACUUUAUGAUCAAUAACUAUUGUUUUGGAAGUAAAUAAUAUCUGAAUCAAAAUUUCACAUGAGUCAUCCAAUUUUAUUCUUUCAAGAAAAUGAGAACUAAAGUCCACUAAUCUUUUGUUCUGAUUUCCCCCAUUUUAAAUUGGCAUAGCAUAUUAAUGUUUAGUGAAACCUAUUUCCAUUUUCAUAUGCUUUUUUUUUCAUUUGGAAAGAAAGCCACCGGUGAGGUUUUCUAUUAAUUGUAAGGUAGUCAUCAAAUUCCACAUUUUCAACAGAGGAACCAUGAUUGCAGAUCAGAAUGCAAGCACAUUUUGUUAAUCUUGUUGGAGGCUGUUGACAUUCAUCAGCUUCCAACAGGAUGUACAAAUUGAAGAAUUAAUCUUUACAUCCUUCUAAUUAACUCUUUUUAAUUGUCCUUAUAUUCUGCAUAUCCAAAUGCAAUACAAAUAUAGUUUAAAUUGGAACAUCAAUUCCAUGAUAUCUCCCACAACAUCUAGCAGAAAGUAACAAAAAAAGUCCUAGAAUUUUUAACAUUGUCUUAAAUUACUGUAGGUCCUUUGGACAAAUAUUUUACAAUAAAUACAAAUUCUGGCAGUAAUAAAAACAGGAAGUGCUGGAAACGCUCAUUAUCAGCAGACAAAGAAACAAUUAAUUUUCCAGGUCAAAAACUCUUCAUUAGAAAAAAUGAAAAAAGAAGUUACUUGUUAUUUACAGAGGGUGAGAGAGCCAUUGAUAAGACUGAGAGAGCAUAUCUGAUAAGCUGAAGCCCGGCCUUUAUUUCAAAUUUACAGCAUCUGCAAUUUCUUGAUUUUCCUAUUUUACUAGAGUAAAUGGUUUUUAUAUUUUUGUGAAGUCACAGAUUUUAAUAUAACAUUGCUUCAUUCAAUAUACCAGGAGCAUUCUAGCAGAAGAUUUCAGGUGGUAGUUCACCAACAGUGCACUACACUGGUAGAUUUGUAAGUCUGCAGUGUUUUAAACCAGAAUAGCAGUAAUACUCAGUACUCAAAACAGUGAUUUCAUGUUUAAUGAACAAACAUAAAAAAGAUGCUAUAUUACAAUUACAGAGUUGGAUCAUAUACAGCACAACAAAAUAUUACUGUACAUGACCCAUUCUUCUUCAGCAUUACAUACCAUUCAUCUUUCAGUGACAUUUUUCCCCUGGCAAUUUUGGCCUUCUGAGAAAUAUUCUCCAAUUUUCUUGGUGUUUCAACAACUCUAUCAUUGUCGAGGCAAAACUUGUCUGUCAAAUAUUUGCCAUCUCUCCAAACACACUUAAAAUGAAGGCAGACAGUAUAUAUUCACUUUUAUAAUUAUCGCAUAUACAAAAUGCCUCAAUGAUGUUUGAUUUUAAUGUUAAAGGAAUGGUUCAGUGGUUAAUUGUGUAAUAAGAAUAAGAGAAAUUUAUAAAAUUUCUGAAAAUAUAUCUUUUUUUUCUCUCAAUGUAAAAUGUUCAAAUCUUUGAUACAUUUCUCCAAAUAGUGGGGAAAUUGUAUUUAAAAAAUGGAUUACUUUCUCUGCUCUUUUUGGUUUUCUGUGCCGGCCGCACAGUAGCAUAGUGGUUAGCACAACGCUUGACAGUACAGUCAACCCAGGUUCAAUUUCCGCUGCUGCCUGUAAGGAGCUCAGGUUUCCUUCCACAAUCCAAAGAUGCACCAGUUGUUAGGUUAUUAAUCAUUGUAAAUUGUCUUGUGAUUAAGCUAGAAUUAAAUCAGGGGAUUGUUGGGCCUAUUCUGUGCUGUAACUCAAUCAAUAAAUAAAUAGCUGAAAACCUGUAACCAAUAAAUAUAUUGUAUGGAGUGCUCUUACAAACAGGUCUGGUAUGUAAAAGUAGCAAUACUCAAUGGGGAACUAGUUUAACUUAUAAAAACAAAGUGGAUUAAGUAGUUGCUCUGAAAUACUUAAUUGUUUGGAAAUAAGUUUUUUUGCCACAAAAGUUAUCAACAGAUAAGAAAUAUUUUAAGGAGAAAAUUUGUAUUUUUAAACAGUAUAGAUUUAUUUCAAAAGGCUUAGAUCAAAAUCACUUAAUAACAAAUCAAUGAUUGGAUUGUGAAUUAUACAGUCUCUUUCUGCUUAUUAAGUUAAACAUUUUAAAAUUACUAACAUAAGCCAUUAACUUAUAAUUGUAAAGAUGUAACUCAAAGAACAUUUGUACUUUAGUAAUCAUCUCAGCGAGUAACAUUGUAAAUACAGACUCUUAAGUGUUUUCACAGUCCUGAAAACAGAAAUAUCCACCAUUUUUGAAAUUCACGUUAGCCAAUACUUGAGAAGCAAUGGAUGGCAUUCAACCCUUGGCUGGAAUUUAUAUCUGAUAUUAUUUCAUCCAUCCUUCACACCUAACAUAAUGUUCUCAAAUUUGAGUUAAACCAUUGAAUAUAGAACUUGCUAAAUUGGAAUUCCCAACAAUAAGAUAUGAAAUGCACAAACAAGCAGAUCCAGCUUUGGUAAGUGACUGCCAGAGAUAUUGAACAAUGUUUUUUUUCCUGGCAUUGUAUUGACAGACAUGUUUUAUUUUAUUUACAAAAUUUCUCAGCCAAUGGUAGUCAAGCCGUAUCAAUGUAGAUUCCAUCAGAGAUCACGUUUCACCAUUCCUGAUAGCUGCAGAGACAGUGGUGUCCUUCUGCUAGUUUUUGUCCGUGCACUAAGAGCGAAGUUAUAUGGAUUGUUCAGCCAUUGUCAACGAAAUCCAACAUUCUCCUCCUCAUUGAGAGGAAAAUUUCCAGUAAAUUAUAAACUGGAUUUGAUUCCAUCUAUUUAAUUUACUCACUUUAGAAUUGAAACCAUUGGUUAUGUUGCACAUUGAACCACUGAACCUACUUUUUAAUUUUCCUGCUAUGAUGUGAAAUCAGUAUCGAAAUGUGUUACUGAUGUUAUGCUUAAGUAGUCAUUUACUAACAGCACUGAUGUGGGUGGUUUGGGAGAUACUUCUUGCAUAGAUGUUUAACUGUUGAAUUUAAAUAAAUAAAUAUUUUGCUUUUGUUGGGAUAUUUGUAUACUCUAGCAAUUAUAUUUCUGUAAAUUGCUGCUAUCAAUAUAAAUAAAAAAAAUAAAUUCCUAAGUCUC